AUAGCAUAUCGAUUCAAAUGAUUGGUGCUGUUGUUGGAUCACUUAUCUUUGGACAACUCAGCGAUUUAUAUGGAAGAAAACCGACUUUGUUAUUUGGUGUUACGGGAUGUAUUAUAUUUGGAUUGAUAUCAGCUUACUCAAAAGAUUUACUUACAGCUACCAUUUACCGUACCAUUAUUGGACUUUUUAAUGGUGGACAAAUAGCUGCUUUGUUUGUAUAUGUGGUAGAAAUGUUACCCAAAAGAGACCGUGUAUGGGUUACAACACUUAUUUCAUUUUCACCAAAUGUAAUAUUAUUAGCUACGAUGGCAUAUUAUAGCCAAAAUUGGCGACAAUUAGCAAUUGUCGUCAGUUUUUUGACAUCACCAGCUAUUCUUCUUUGCAUGUUU